AUGAGUACCGGUGAAGAGCUGGGCUCAGAUUUGAUUAGGUAAAAGUAAAAACAAACAUCAUGAGUGAGAAAACUUUAGUGCUUGAGGGUCUUCCACACGACCUGGACAGCGUCAGAACAACGUUGGCCUUAUAUUUCCAGAAUAAGAGGAGGUCUGGAGGAGAGGCAGCGCGGAUACAGCAGCAUCCAGAGGACGAACGGAAAGCUCUGCUCGUUUACCUGAGUGGAGGAGGUUCACAGCAGGUGCUCAGCAAAAGAACCCACCAAGUUGAUUUUAAAGAUGUGGGGGCAGUUCAGUUAACAGUAAAGCUGCUGGGAGACAGCAAUGUUCAAGCUAACUCCAAACCGCCUAUAUUGCCUAAACCAAAGCUGAAGACACUCACUGGAAAACCACUGCAAGCUGCUGAUAGACAGCCUGCUUCCAAAAGUCACAAAGGUUCACAGCAGGUGCUCAGCAAAAGAACCCACCAAGUUGAUUUUAAAGAUGUGGGGACAGUUCAGUUAACAGUAAAGCUGCUGGGAGACAGCAAUGUUCAAGCUAACUCCAAACCACCUAUACUGCCUAAACCAAAGCUGGAGACACUCACUGGAAAACCACUGCAAGCUGCUGAUAGACAGCCUGCUUCCAAAAGUCACAAAGGUUCACAGCAGUUUCGCAAAAAAAUAACCCGCCAAGUUGAUUUCAAAGGUGUAGGAACAGUUCAUUUGACAGUAAAGCAGCUAAAGGAAGGCAGUGUUCAAGCUACAAACUACAAACCACCUAUAUUGCCUAAACCAAAGCUGAAGACACUCAGUGGGAAACCACUGCAAGUCGGACAGUCACCAUCCAAAAGUCACAGAGAUUUAUUGAAGGUUAAUGAAGUGAAAGGCAAAGACUUUGGGAUAUCAGUGGAUGUGUGUAAAGAGGAAAGCAUGGCAGAGAAGUGGGACCCCCGUCGCUUCAUCUUAACCGGUUUCAAUGAUACCUGCAAAUACGAAUUGGUCACACUGUUCAUUAGUAGCUGCAGCCAAAAUGCAGAACAUACCUGGGAGCUUCUGGAUGAAGACAGGAUCGUGGUCACCUUCAGGGAAGAUAUUGAUAUCAAAAAGUUCUUGAGUGAAUGCACCACCAAAAAGCCGCAGGGUAUGGACAUUAGAGUUUCCCAUUUGGAGCUUACCGAUUCAGUCCUGGUCGAGGGGGACAUGAGCGCCAUCAGAGAAGACAUCCUCACUGGACAUUUCAGCAGCAAAAUGAGAAGUGGAGGAGGAGAUAUAAAAUCUUUACUCUGGCUCAACAAACAAAAGAGUGCCGUUAUCACCUUCAAGGAUUAUCAUGCUGCCUAUGAAGUGGUGCAACAGAAACAUCAUCUUUUGGGUGCGGGUUUUACCACUGCUCUGUUCUACUCAAGGUUCCAGAAGGCUCUGAUUGGAAAAAUGACAACUUUGUCUGGCAUACCUACAAACAUCACCGUUCCUGUUCAUGAGGAAGUUUUCAAUUUCAUUGGGAAAAAUGAACCAUUCAAAAAGGACUUUCAGAACCGACUCAAAAUGGUUCAUGCAAACGUCUUUUUUGGCAAGAGCACAUCACCUAGAAAGAUAGUGCUUGAGAUGACCGUCAACAAAGAAUCUUUAGCUGCAUUGCGAAUUGGACCGACUUGGGAGCACAAGGCAAAGAGAGAAGCCCAAGCCUUCCUGACGAAGUACACUGUAGCCGAGUUGCCAGUAAACGUCGAUGUGUGGAAAAGGGUGAUGAAUGAUUGUCUCUCACUUGUCUCAGUUGAGGCUGAUCUCUCUUUCAAGGAAACCAGCUCUAAAAUUGUAAUAGUUGGCUUAAAGGACGUGGUCAGGAUGCUCUUAGAUAAGUCCAGAAGACUUUUGGAGAAUGCAACCAAGGACUUAGCUGUGGACAGAAACAUUAAUAAUGAAUCGAUGGUGUCAGACUGUGUUGAAAUGAUUCCUCUCAGAUCUGUGCGAGAAAUGGAGUUUGUAGAGUCUUGUAUGAACUUGUCAGAGGUUCCCGAAGUCAGGAACAUGGGCAUAACUGUACUAGCUUCCAGAGCACAGAACUGUCCUUGUCUCAAAGUUACAGGAAAAAAGGAAUAUAUUCAAGAUGCUAUUAUUAUGGUAAAGCAGCGGUUGUCCUCCAUUGUCACAAAGAAGCUGACUUAUUCCAAUGCUGGUGAGGCCAAAGUACUUAAGAAACAUGAAGUCAAUGUAAAUGCCAGAUGUAAAGAAUGGCAUUGCAAGGUGUACUUAUCACCAGGGCAAAUUAGCAAGUCUGGCCGUACAAGGAGAUUUGUUCACAGAAUAAGCAGGUAUAUCACUUUAACAAUAGCUGAGGGUGACCUGCAUCAGUACACUGCUGAUGCCUUGAUUUGCCCAAUGUCUAAAUCCCUGUCUUUUGACAACGCUGCUGCUCAGCAGUUGCUUAACGUUGGAGGUUCUCAAAUUCAGGAGGUGUGCAACAAUCUUCAAAAGGAGAAGAAAGCUCUGCUUGCUGGGGAUGUUUUCCUUAGUAAGCCAGGAAAGCUACAUACCAAGUCCCUGAUAUAUGCUGUAUUGCCCAAAAGAAACCAAUAUCAGGCCUCUCGCCACCUGGAAUCUGCCAUAUAUCACAGUCUUCAUAAAGCAGAAGAUGGGAAUGGCACCUCUAUUGCAAUGCCUGUACUAGGUGUUGGAACAUUCGGUUUUUCCAUCAAGGAAAGCUGCAUUGCAAUCAGAGAAGCAAUACUACAGUUCAGCAAUGACUAUCAAAACUCCCCAAAGAAUGUGAAGACCAUAUUUGUGGUAAAUCCUGACUUCAAGACAGUAGAGGAGAUCAACACCCUCAUUGUACAGCUGCAAUCAGCUGAAAGGACACAGUCAGCAUGUGGAAGGAUGCCUGAAAAUCAAGUGUGUUCCAGGAAGAUGACCAGUGUGGCAUAUCAAAAAAAUGUAUGUGAAGACGUGAAAUACAAGAAGAACCUAGGAAAAGUUGUUGGCACACCCAGCACACACAGGCAUUCAAGCUUUGCAUUCUGGCACCUGAACACAGGCUUUGAUCUGAAUAACCUGGAUCCAGAACUGAAGAUGUUUUUUGACAUGAGUGGCAUCAGAGAGGCAGAUCUGAAAGACAAAGAAAUGUCUAAACUCAUUUAUGACUUCAUUCAGAAGAGAGGUGGUCUGGAAGCUGUCAAAAAUGAAUUUAGGACACAAGUGCUAGCCAAACAGCCACUGAGCAGCCUUACUACUGCACUGGCUGCAGUAACUUUCCCUGUAACGACUGUGGAGGUGUAUGGAACCUCUCCUGCUGACCUUGCCAAAGUCAAGAAGCUCCUGGAUGACCUUAUCUCUGAAGAAUGCACCAGCAGAGAUGUCCAGUCUGGUUACCUGGCCAACCUUCAAGAAGCUGAUAAGGAGGCCAUCAUCACCCUUAGCAAGAACAACCAAGUGCACAUUCUUGUGGCUUCCUCAGACAGACUAACUGUGUCAGGGAAGAAGGACGAUGUUCUGGAUACAGUUUUGAACAUCUCAAGUUUCAUCCAGGCAGCCAAGGAGAGGGAAGCCCAGGAAAGUGAGAUGAAGAGAUUGAGAGAGACUCUGUGCUGGGAGGUGGCUGAAGGAGAGGAAUGGGUACCACUGGACUCCAGCAUUAGCUACCAGCUGGAGUUUCACAAGAAAGAGCAGAGCUUUACAUAUGAGGAUGAGGGAGAGGUUUACACUGUGGACUUCAAGAAGCUGACACGGAGAAACAGCAGAGGAAAGUCCUGCAGGAUAAGGAGAACCCUGAUUGGUGACUCAGACACAGCCAUCAUUCAGUCUCCACCAACAUGGACUAAAAUGGAUGGAAAGGAGCUGAAAAUAAUCACUCUCCAUCCAGAUUCCACAGAGUACAAAAAAAUAGAGAACGACUUUCUACGCUCCAGUAGGCACGAAUCUGUGUCUGCAAUGCAGGUUGUGAAGAUCCAGAGAAUUCAGAAUAUGCAACAAUGGCAGAGGUACUCUGUGUUAAAGGAGACAGCGGACAAGAAAUACCCCAACCAGAUAAAUGAACGCUUUCUCUAUCAUGGCACCACUAAAGAAUUCAGCCAGAAAAUCAGUAAGAAUGGCUUCAAUCGGAGCUUCUCUGGAAGAAAUGGUGCCAGUUGUGGUCAUGGCACCUACUUUGCCAAAGAAGCCUGGUACUCCUGCCACGACCAUUACUCAACCCCAGAUGAGUUUGGACUAAAGUAUGUCUACAGAGCCAGAGUCGUGACCGGGGCCGUCUGUUUGGGUCGACCAGGAAUGAAGGAGCCGGACCCUCUGGACCCGAACAAUCCCCAGGCUGGUCUGUAUGACUGUGCUGUAAAUAAUCUGAUGGAUCCGUUCGCAUUUAUAGUGUUCUGUGAUGCGGCAGCUUACCCAGACUAUCUGAUCAUCUUUCUGCCAUUGGAAUUCACAAAUCCUAAGCCAUAUUGCUUUUAAAAU